ACGGCCGUGACCUUCCACGAGCUCUUCAAGGAGGCCGCGCUCGACGGCAACUCGAAGCUCGACUUCGGCAUCCAGUGGCAGGAGGUGCUCAUGAGCCUGGGCACGCAGCUCCCGGCGAAGGACCUGCUCGAGUCGGGCGAGGUCAAGCGCAAGUUCGACGCUAUCGACACGGACAAGAGCGGCGGGCUCGACGAGGCGGAGCUCCUCACGGUGCUCAACUCAUUCGGCCAGGACGUGCCCGCGACCGUGGCGGCGAACAUCAUCCACCUCGCGGACGAGGACGGCAACGGCGUCAUCGACAUCCACGAGUUCGAGAAGAUCUUC